AAAUUAAUUUUGAAAGGUUUAUAAGGUUACCAAGCGUUUCUUGUUUAUUUAUAAAAUUGUCUCUACAAAAAAGAGCAUUUCCUUCUUAAAAUAAUGCCGAAACACCAACUACUGAAAUCGCCAAAACUCGUAAAAAAUAGGUCUUUCCGCAGGAGCGGAUUUGUAGAGACUUUUCACCUUUCAAGUGAACUUCCUCUUGAAGAAAAAACCCACUCUGUCUGAACAGGGCACACUUCCCCUACAUAUGUUAAGAAAGGGAAGCACUUCAGCUGGCAGCUAAGCAAAACAUCCUCAGCGCGAUGGAGUCGUCCGUGUGCCGUGUUUGCCUGGUCCACCAAGCUGAUGUCCGCUUCCCAGAACCCAUCUGCACGUCCUGCCUGCGGGAUAAGCUAAAUGCAUUCCUCGAUGAAGAUAUGUUCCUAGAAUCGGACAGCGAAAACGAGAAGCCAAACCUCGAGGAAGCACCUAUUCUAGUUGAUGACUUGGAGCAGAAGCCACAGAGAGACCAGAGCCCAUGCCUGGCGAGAAAGGAACCACUCAAAAAGGAAGACAUUAAGAGGGAGCGGUGCAGUAUUUCCAGCUUGUACGAUGUCCAAGUGAAAUUGGAGGACACAGAAAGUGACUAUCAAGAAGAGGAUGAUUCUAUCAUCGAUACAGAGCUGGAAAACACACGUGACCGGCCCUACAAGUGCCCUCUGUGCGGCAUGUCCUUUGGCCAGAGCGUGAGUCUUCAGGCUCACUCGCAAACCCACGCGAGGAAGGAGUGCUCGCCGUGCUCAAAGGUUUUCGCGACUGAUGUAAAACUUAGGAGGCACUACCUGGAAGUGCACGCGGACGAGCGUCCAUUCAAGUGCUCGGUCUGCCCAAAGGACUACAGAAUGCGCAGCAAACUUCACAGGCACUUGCGGAUCCACACGGGAGUCCGGCCAUUCAAGUGCAACUACUGCUCGAAGACCUUUACCCAGGGUCAGCAUCUGCGGGCUCACAUACGAACUCACACCGGAGAACGACCCUUCAAGUGCCCCAAAUGCGAAUCUUGCUUUGCUCAACAUGCAUCCCUGCGAACACAUUUUCAGCUGCAUACUAAUUAGUUUACAUCUUAAGAAUUUCCUGCCAAUCCACGCAGCAGAACGUCUGUCAGGAACAUCUUGCCAUUUCCAGUCGCCCCUGAACCUCUGUGACGUCUAUAACUAUAUCCGUAAUAGCUUUUAGUAUAAUAUUAACAUUUAGUAUAGCACAUUUAGUACUUAAGCACAUUUCUUGCUCACUUCUGUUAUAUUUAUAAAAUUAUCAUUCCUAAAGCAACCAAGGGGAACCAGGACUAAGGCCUGGUUAACACUAUUACCAUAGUAGGGCUAUUGGUGACGUGGUUCUCGGCGUUUUAACCGCAAAUAUUUGCACGUUCUGUAAAUAAAAUAUUAUUUACUUAAUA